GAGUCCCCUACGCGUGUCCCCGCAACCCCUCAAUGCUCAAAACCAUGGCCUCCGCCGCCGCUACCACGACGCCAAAGAUGCCGUCGGCUCUCACGUUUCAGAUCGUGGCCAAGUGCUCGACCACGAAAGCGCGGGCCUCCGUUCUCCGAUUGCCUCACGGCCCGGUCGAAACUCCGCUGUUCAUGCCCGUGGCUACUCAGGGCUCUCUGAAAGGCCUCACCCCAGAACAGCUCGAGGCUUCGGGCUGCAGAUUGUGUCUAAAUAAUACUUACCACCUCGGCCUGAAACCCGGACAGGUGGUCCUCGAUGCCAUCGGCGGCGCGCACAAACUCCAAGGCUGGAACCACAACAUCCUAACCGACAGCGGUGGUUUCCAGAUGGUUUCCCUACUCGAGCUCGCAACCGUUACCGAAUCCGGUGUUGAAUUCCGGUCUCCACACGACGGCUCGCCGAUGCUCCUGACCCCCGAGCACUCCAUGGACCUCCAGCACAGCAUCGGCUCUGACAUAAUAAUGCAGCUCGACGACGUGAUUGCGACGACCUCCACCGACGACGCCCGCAUGCGCGAAGCCAUGCACCGUUCCAUCCGGUGGCUGGACCGGUGCAUCACCGAGCAUCUCAAAGUGCCUCCCUCCUCCACCUCUCCCACCGCAACCUAUGCCGACACGCAAAACCUCUUCUGCAUCAUCCAAGGCGGGCUGGACCUCGCCCUCCGCAAGGAGUGCUGCGAGGAAAUGGUGAAGCGCGACACCCCCGGCAUCGCCAUCGGCGGUCUCAGCGGCGGCGAGGAGAAAGAAAAGUACUGCCAGGUGGUAACGACAUGCACCGACCUGCUACCCGAGGGGAAGCCCCGGUACGUCAUGGGCGUCGGCUACCCCGAGGACCUGAUCGUCUCUGUCGCGCUGGGUGCGGACAUGUUCGACUGCGUAUGGGGCACGCGGACCGCGCGCUUCGGCAACGCCAUCACCAGCCGCGGGGUCCUCAAUCUGCGCAAUUCGCGAUACGCAAACGAUUUCUCCGCCAUCGAUCCCGACUGCACCUGUACCAUCUGCUCCCCGCAGGAUAGCCCCGCCCGAGCACCACUCAACCCCACCAACGGCCCCGCCUCCUACGCCGACGGCAGCGGGUACACAGAUAAGGGCCUCGGUAUCACGCGCGCGUUCAUUCAUCACCUUGCGGCGAAAGAGACGGUCGGCGCGCAUAUGCUCACAAUGCAUAAUGUCGCGUAUCUACUCAAGCUCAUGAAUAAUGCCCGCACGGCGGUCGUCGAGGAUCGAUACCCGCAGUUCUUGAGGGAUACGUUUGGAAGAUGGUAUGGUGGGGAUAAAGAAGCGUUUCCGAAGUGGGCGGUGGAUGCGCUGAAGGGCGUGGGCGUGGAUUUGUUGGCGUAGAUGUAGAUGAAAGAGUCUUUGUUUAGGGGUUAGACGACGAAAUGGGGUCAUCUCAAUGAUGUUUUUAGUGAUAUUGCGGGAUAAAUGUGUUGCUGUGGCUGGUAAAUAGUGACGCCCAAGGGUGUGAGUCUGCGUCUUUGUACCUCUAAAUAGAUACUACAGUUUCGCCGUCCACACGCAACG